CUUCCUCUCAGCGCUGCUGGGGGAGAGCGAGCGAGAGCGAGCCUUUGUCCGGAGGAGGAAGCGCCCUGCUUGAAACCCGGGGGUAGGAGGAGCGGUGUGUGUGCGCGCGGACGGGCGAGCCUUUCUGGAAAGAGGCGCGGCCGCCGCUGAGCUGGGCGGCCCCUCUGCGCGACGGGCCGCGUCGGACAGACUUCUUCCCGGUCCGGAAUCUGCUCACCACCCCCCAGCAUUUAUCGCGGCAGACUGCGCGGUCGGACGGCAGAAGACACUGUCGGAGAGCAGCCGCCGCCGCCGCCGCACCAGCAGCAGCCUCGCGGGGCAGAGACCUCCGCUUCUCUCUGGCAGGACUUGGGCGCUUCGCUCCGGUCGGAGAUGCUCCAAGCGCCCGAAGUGGAGGAGCAGGCGGGCUGCUGAGGACGCGCCGUCGGGCUCGGUGGAAGCAAGCAGUGAAGAGGCGGCCGGGAAGCGGCGAGCAGCGCGCCGGGGAAGCAGACGCCGUCGCUGGGCUACCUCGGCAGCCGCGGCUCCUCCCGCGAAGAAGGAGGGGAGGCGACGGGGCACGGACAGUCCGCCGGGCAGGCUGCCGCUCCUGAGUCUCCGGAGGGGAGAGCGCAGAGGAUGGGCUGUAUAAAAUCUAAGGAACUCAGCCUUCAUGGAAAGGUCUCCAGAGCCAAUUCAAACUCCAGCCUCCAACAGGGACAUUACGUGAAAGACCCCACGUUCAAGAACAACAGAGUUACCAAAACACCCAGCAAGGUGCCAUACCCAGGAAAUGAUGGUCCAGAUGAGCCCGUCGUCCUGGCCCUUUAUGAUUAUGAGGCCAUGCACAAGGAAGACCUGAGCUUUCAGAAGGGAGAACAUCUCCAAAUCCUCGAAGAGUCAGGCGAGUGGUGGAGAGCAAAGGCGCUAUCGACGGGAAAAGAAGGCUACAUCCCUAGCAAUUAUGUUGCCAGGGUGAACUCGCUGGAGACAGAAGAGUGGUUUUUCAAAGGUGUCAGCCGGAAGGAUGCAGAGCGGCAGCUGCUGGCUCCUGGGAAUUUCCUAGGCUCCUUCAUGAUACGCGACAGUGAGACCACUCAAGGGAGUUACUCUCUGUCUGUCAGAGAUUUUGACAACCAGAACAAGAUGGACACUGUGAAACAUUACAAGAUCCGGACGCUCGACAGUGGCGGCUUCUUCAUCUCCCCUCGGAACAGCUUCAACACUCUCCAGGAACUGGUCACCCAUUAUAAGGGCCAAAGUGAUGGGCUGUGCCAAAAGCUGACUUUCCCUUGUGUGGCGCCAAAGCCUCAGAAACCUUGGGAGAAAGAUGCUUGGGAAAUCCCCCGGGACUCCCUGAAACUGGAGAAGAAACUUGGAGCUGGGCAGUUUGGAGAAGUCUGGAUGGCCACCUACAAUAGACACACAAAAGUGGCAGUAAAAACCAUGAAGCCAGGAAGCAUGUCCUUGGAAGCUUUCCUGGAAGAGGCCAACAUCAUGAAGACCCUGCAGCAUGACAAACUGGUCAAGCUGAAUGCAGUAGUGACCAAGGAAGAGCCCAUCUACAUCAUCACUGAAUUCAUGGAGAAAGGCAGCUUGCUGGAUUUCUUGAAAAGUGACGAAGGGCAUUUGCUGAUGCUUCCAAAACUGAUCGACUUCUCUGCCCAGAUCGCAGAAGGCAUGGCUUUCAUCGAGCAGAGGAAUUACAUCCAUCGGGACUUGAGAGCCGCUAACAUCCUGGUCUCAGGAAUGCUAGUGUGCAAGAUUGCUGAUUUCGGCUUGGCCAGGGUGAUUGAGGAUAAUGAAUACACAGCCCGGGAAGGUGCCAAAUUUCCCAUCAAAUGGACAGCACCUGAAGCCAUCAACUAUGGCUGCUUCACAAUAAAAUCAGAUGUCUGGUCCUUUGGGGUCCUCUUGACGGAGAUCAUUACCUAUGGGCGGACCCCAUAUCCAGGGAUGUCGACCCAUGAAGUGAUCCGUGCCCUUGAGCGUGGCUAUCGGAUGCCCCGGACAGAAGGCUGCCCAGAGGAGCUCUAUGAAAUUAUGAUGCGGUGUUGGCAGAAGAAGCCAGAGGAGCGCCCAACGUUUGAGUACAAUCAGAGCAUCUUGGAGGACUUCUUCACUGCCACAGAAAGUCAGUAUCAGCAACAGCCUUAAAACGGAGGGAUGACAAGACUGUGGAGCAGGAACAUCCCUGCGAAAUGAUGCUACAGAAAGCUAACCAAGUUGCUAUCGCUGCCCUGGGCCUCCAUCCCCUGAGCCACUGGGGCAGACUGGGGGGGCCACUAAGUGGACUCUGCAGCCCAUCCAACAUGAGCAAUCCUUGCGUUCUCUCGGGCUUAUAGAAUGCUGAACAAACUCCAGAAUUGGCAGGGGCCAAUUUGAAGGGAAGCUGGUGUGCAUUUUUGAUUUGGUCUCAAGGCUUUGUUGCCAACAGGAGAGCCACUGAGCUUCCCCCGAGAAAUGCCUGAAAUCUAUGGCUGGUGUGAUGGAGAGAUUCUGAGUGGCUUCACACAACACACAAGAAGCCGAAUGGCUGGCAGAGCUCGGCAGAGAGCCCAGUUUCCAGUUGUGUGUGUGUGUGGGGGGGGCGCAAUAUGUUGACAUUGGUCAUGUUGUACAACCCUGCCAGUAUCUUCAUGAGAACAGCCCUGCUGGAUCAGGCCCAAGAAGGCCUAUCUAGUCCAGUACCUUGUUUCACACAGCGGCCCAUCAGAUGCCUCUGGGAAGCCCACAGGCAGGAGUUGAGGGCAUGCCCUCUUUUCUGCUGUUACUCCCCUGCAACUCAUAUUCUGAGGCAUCGUGCCUCGGAGGCUGGAGGUGGCCUAUAGCCACCAGACUAGUAGCCAUUGAUAGACCUGACCAGCAUGAAUUUGUCGAAGCCCCUCUUGAAGCUAUCCAAGCUAGUGGCCAUCACAUCUUGUGGCAGAUAAUUCCAUAGAUUAAUUAUGCACUGUGUGAAAAAGUACUUCCUUCUGGCAGUCAAUUUCAUGGGAUGACCCCUGGUUCUUGAGUUGUGUGAGAGGGAGAAAAAUCUCUCUCUACCCCCCAUCUCCACACCAUGCAUAAUUUUAUAGAUCUAUAUCAUGUCUCCCCUUAGUCUAAACCAGGCCUGCUCCACUUAGGCCCCCUCAGCUGUAUUUGGCCUACAGUUCCCAUAAUCUCCAGCCACGGUGGCCAAUAACCAGAGAUUGUGGAAAUUGUAGGCCAACAUCUGCAGGAGGGAUGAAGUUGAGCAGGUCUGGACUCUAAACUGAAAAGCCCCAGAUGUUGUAGCCUUGCCUUAGAGGGAAGGUUCUCUAGGUCCCUGAUGAUCUUGGUUGCCCUCUUCUGCACCGUCUCCAGUUCUACAGUGUCCCUUUUGAGAUACUGUGACCAGAACUGUACACAGUACUCCAAAUGUGACUGCACCAUAGAUUUGUAUAAUGGCAUUAGUGAUCCUGAGCAUGGAAUUUGCCUUCUUCACAGCUGCCACACACGGAGUCAACACUUUCAACCUGCUGUCCACCACAAUCCCAGUCAGUCACCAAUUAUAGCUCAGAUACCACCAGUGUAGAUGUGGUUGGGGCUUUCCCCCCCAAUAUGCAUCACUUUACACUUAUAUUGUGCUUGACUUGCAGUUCCAAACCAAGAUUUGAAGUUGUAACAGAGGUUUGGUUCAAAACCGCCCGUUGAGUGGAAUACGCUGACAUUGGUGGAUUGGUUUGUGUUGUCAGAUGUCUGUAUAUCACGCGUACUCCCAUGGAAGUCUCUGGAAACCGGCAGUUCGGCUUUUUGCGUGUCAUGUGAAGCUGCCGUGUGUGUGUGUACACCUGCGAGUUGGCCAUUGAACUAGCCCAAAAACUUCCUCAACUGACCAGUCAAAUAAAGGUCUUGUAUUUAAAGCAUUAAUUAAUUUUCACUUGCCGGGUGGUGACUCAGGAGUUGGCCUUCUCUGUAGUCACCUCUAGGCUGUGGAAUGUGCUCCCUAUUAGACACCUGUGGUUUCACCUUGCCAACCUUUAAAACAGCCCUUGAUACGUUUUUUCAGCCAGGCUUUCAGUCAUCUUUGAAUGUUUUAAAUUUUUAAAUUGCUGUUUUUAACAGUUUGUUUUGGUUUUUUGUGUGUUUAUUUUUGUGAACUGCCUAGAGCCUUUGGGGUCAGGCGGUAAAUAAAUAAAUAAAUAGCAGUGCAAUCCUAUGAACAUAAGAAGAGCCCUGCUGGAUCAGGCCCAAGGCCCAUCUAGUCCAGCAUCCUGUUUCGUGCCUCUGAGGCUGCAGAUGGCCCACAGCCACCAAACUAGUAGCCAUUGAUAGAUCUUUCCACCAUGAACCUGUCUAAACCCCUUUUAAACCCAUCCAAUCUUUAAUGUGUGUUUACUCAGAAGUAAGUCCCACUGUGUUCAUUGGCACUUACUCCUGGUAAGUGUGUUUAGGAUUACAGCCUUAGUACUACUACAAAUAUUUAAUAUUCCGCUCUUCAACCAAAGUUCUCAAAGUAGUUUACUUAAAAAAUAAUAAUAAUACAUAAAAGAGAUGGUCUCCUGAGCCUAAAGGGCUCACAACCUAAAAAGAAAGAGAAGGUGGGCACCAGCAACAGCUACUGGAGGGAUGCUGUGCUGGGGCUGGAUAGGGCCAGUUGCUUUCCCCCUGCUAAAUAUAAGAGUAUCACCACUUUGAAAGGUGCCUUUAGAAGAAAGAAUUAUGCUAAUCACAAAGCUCCAAGUUAGUAACAAGUAUGAGACAAUGAUAUUAAAUUCUACAUUGCCAUAACAGCUAUUUAUUUACAGCCAACCAUAUUAUGCAAAUGUAUGCCAAUGAUAUUCAAAAGAUCAAGCAGUUCUUCUUGGCUUUUACUUGGAGUGCCAGGGUGAGCUCACACCUUGUCUAAAACAAAGCCAAAUGAACCAAGCAUGUCCAGCUACUAUCAAUGUCUGGUUUAAAAUGUAAGUUUGGGGCAGUAUAAAAAUAUGUUGAAUAUGUGACUCUGGGCCAGUCACUUCUCUCUCAGCCUAACCUACUUCACAGGGUUGUUGUGAGGAGAAACUCAAGUAUGUAGUACACCGCUCUGGGCUCCUUGGAGGAAGAGCGGGAUAAAAAAUAGAUAAAAAACCAAUAGCAGCCGUAGCGCUUGGUGAGCGGGAGAAAAGAGAGCUGGCCCCCUGCAUUUUUCACUGGGUGGAAUAUUUGAGUGCACUCACAUAACAGGUGGCCGAUUGACAAUAUGUGAUAAAUAUUCCCGUGUGUGUGUGCGUGUACAAGAGGUUUACAAGCCAUGGAAGAGCAUCAGAGAGCAUCCUUCUCUCUUGUGCUGCAUUGCCUCUAGCAAUACUCAGCUGUGGCUCAUCCUAAGGAGUUGGCGGUGGGGGGGGGUGCCAGAUGAGGAGCAGCUGCCUCUGGUUCCCAGCAACUCCGGUUGUGCCUCUCCCCCCCAUCCUGCCCCAGCCUAAGGAGCCUCUGCUGGCAGUACUUUUGCAUCUCUGCAUACAAGCAGCAUCCCUGAUGGAAAAAUCCUUGAGUUCCUCGGGACCAGGGUCUUUACUUGCAGUGUCCAACAACAGUAAAAAAUGGCUGGGUUUUCAGCAUGAGACACUCUUCGCAUCCGCUGUUUUGUUGUUCUUGUCUUUAAAACACAGCAACAAGAUGGCUGGGUUUAAAAAAAAUAUAUCAGUUACGUCCACUUAUCUGCAGCUUCACAACUUCAGUGCAAAAUAAAUUUGGCAAUUUGUGUGGGGUUAGGUGUAGCAAGCAAAGUUGGAGUGGGCCCUGGGGCAAAAGUGAAGAUGGAGCCUUGUCCCCCUCCCCAGUUUCUCCUCUCCCCAACCCCCAACCCCACGUCUUUGCUGCCGAAGAAGUGUAAGGACAUAGUGAAAAACAAAACCUUCUCGGCAUGCCCUUUCUCUCACUCCUAAGCAAAUAAUAUCACACGUUCCCCAUGCAUGCAGACUUUCUCACAGAAUUUUUUUUUAAACCCACAUAUAGCUAAAUAUAUAUUUCCUUGAGAGGGCUUGUCUUUUUUGAAGCCCAGAUGAGUUUUUCGACUGAGGAAGCAACGGCAUACCAGAGCAAAGAGCGGUUACCCAGGGGCCUAGGAACAUUUGUUUUCCCGCCUCCUUUUUUCCAGUUAUGGCUAUGUCCCUUAAUUUUUCCCCCCAUUGAAAAGAUGGCUAAGAAGUGCAAAGCUCUAACCCCACUUCUGUAUACACUGGAGAAAUAACCUCACGUUUGAUUAAAAGAAAAAGUUUUACCAAAUGGCAGAGUGAGUAUUCCAUUCUGUUUCAGAAACGGCACAGAGUCUGCACAUCCCCUCUCCCCGCUUUCCGAAACCCCACCUUGCCAUCCAGUCAACCUCUUUCUUUUUAAUCAUUUUGUCAGUCCAUUUUCCUUAGUGUCUUUUGUGGUGUUUAAUGUAUUGUCCACAAGCUGCUCUCAAAGCAGGUGAAAUACUCAGUCUCCAAGUUGGGAGGUUUACAUUUUUAAUGUUGGUGAAAGCUGUGGGAAUCUUUUCCAUUCACUAACUGAAAUGCACUGGCAGACAGAGUGUCUGGGUUGCUUCGGCACCUAAACCCACAGCUCUGCAAAAACAGGAUGGGUAGGAAAAAAUGGAAUAUGACUUUAAGGAUAUUUACUUUGUAUUGUGAUGUAAAUGUUGUGAUGUAAAGAGUUUGCAUGUUUUGUGAUAAGUACAAGAUGCUAAAUCUGUCUUUGGCUGUGUCUUCUGGCCAUAAGCAUCAUCGUUUUGGAACUGUGGAUUUGGAAGCAACUUUGUGCUUAACAGUGCCAGUUUAAACCAUCUCACUUGCAAUGGGAUAUCCUACACAAGGGUACUGUACUCAGAAAUAAGUCCACUGACUCCAGUGGUAUGUGCAGCCAAGUAAAUGUGUCCAUGGGAAGCUACUGUGGCCUCAGACCCUUGGUCCAUCUCGCUCAUCGUUGUCUGCACUGACAGCCGCUUUCCAGGGUUCUAGGCAAAAAGGGGUCAUUCCCAGCCCUACUGGAGAUGCCAGGGGUUGAACCUGAAACCUCCUGGGCGCUUUCCAGAUUAGACCCUAAAAUGGGGUCAGGGUGUACCUUUGAAGUGUGCUUCCACACUUCCUGUGUUGUGACAUCGCAGUCCCGACGCUGACCGCAGGAUGCUGUUCAUAUGUCGGAUGGCUUAUGUCGAAUUUAAUCGCAGCAAUUUAGUGCUAUGAUGUCAUUUAUCUGGCACAGAAAAGGUGUUGUUAUUUUUCGUGAGACUGCUCCCCCUGCAGGUUUUACGUUUUGACUGUGAUUUGUCUGAACAAGGCAUUUAGCCACUUUUGAGCAGCUAAUCUGGAAAGCGCCCUGUGUGCAGAACGGAUGCUCCUCCACUAAACUGCAGCCCCCACUCCCCGGCCUCCCCUGGGCGUUCUGCAAAAUGCUACAGUCUCCCACCUCAGGUACUUGGCUUGCCCAGGCCAGCAACUCCCUCUCCAAGGUGGGGAGGACCCCAAGCAUAUCACACCGCCAAGCCUUGCCUCUUGUGACCUUCAGGCCAAAGGUCUGAAGCUCAAGUUAAUGAAUUCUCAGGGUUGUGUGUAUGAACAGUCUGAAUUUUCUAAUAGGUUUUCUGAUUCUCCAAUUUCCUUGAAUAACAUUCCAAACUAUAAUUAACUAGUAUGUGUGCCUUUUUAAAUGUUAUAUUUGUUAAAUAAAUUACUUCUGAUCAGU